AUAUUGAGUAUUAUUUACGUUACCUUAGUCUUAAGACUUCUUAGUUAAAUAUUGCUUAAAUAAUUAUUAUAAUAUAAAUAGCAGACUGUUAUAAUAUACGUAAUGCACACAGAUUUGUCACCGCAUUUACAUACAGAUGAAUGCAAUGUUUUAAUAAAGUUACUACAGGAUUGUCACGUAGAGCAUUCAUUUAGAAAGUUUUUUGGUUAUUGUAAUGACUAUGACCGGGAAAUGAGGAAAUGCUUAAAAUCUGAACGAUUACGACGUCAAAAACUAAAUAAUGAAGAAGCAAUAAAGAAACACGCAGCCAUUCGCGCAAGAAUUGUAGCUCAACAGCAGCAAUAAUUUCAAAUAUUUACAUCUUUUUACAUUAUGGAAUACAAUAUAUUAGACUCUAUAGACCUGAAUGACAAAUCUAUAUAUAAAUCUUUCACAGACAGAUAUUUUAGUAAGAGAUACAUUUUAAAUGUAGAUGGUAUUGAAAACAAUGAUAUUAUGUUAAUGUUCCAUUCAAACAGAAUUACUUUGCUAUGCCUUGCACCAAGUCACUUCUUUUUUAAAAAUCCUGAUAAGUACAACCUCAACUUUACAAUAGGAAAAGUAGAUAGAUUGAGUAACUUAGUCAAGGGCAAAGGUAAAAAGGGAGGUCAGAUGUUAACACCAAAAUCAACUAUAUGUAAAGUAGAAUGGAACGAUGGGACAAGUUUUGAUAUACCGUGUGGCAUGAAAGGCACUCUUAUAGAAAUCAAUGAGAAUUUAGUGAAUAAUCCUGAAAUUCUGAGAGAACAACCUGAUUCUGAUGGGUUCAUUGCUAUUAUGUUGUCAAGUAUAGCCAAUUCCGAAGCAACAAAAAAUGAAUUAUUGAAUCAUGAAGAGUAUUUGAAGCGUGUUAAUUGUAGUAUUUAAAAUUAUAAAAUAAAAGCUUUAGUUUUAUA